CACUUAUAAAGCAGAAACCCCUCUCUCAUAUUUCAAAGCUACUUCCAGCAGUUCUUGAGCUUUUUUGUCGCAUCCGAGUGAUCGAAAGUCACAAAAGGAAGAUUGCUAUACGAUGGAGGACACAGACUACGAAAAGAAGGAAGCUAUAGUGAGCGUCGUCACUACAGAUGACGAUGUCUUGAACUCGGAAAAAGGUGAAGUGGUUAUUGAAACCACACCGGUAAUUGACAUCGAGGAAAGAGAGAAAGUCAUCUACCGACUUACCGCCGUUCAUCUUGGUGGAGAGAACGAGACAGUUUUUGAUAAGGGUGCGGAAUACCUUUUCGACAAGAUGUCUACCCUUCCUGUGGACGAGGGCGUUCAAAUCCUCAAAGACACUGUCAAGGAGCACUUACGAGACGAAAACUUUCCAGCAGUCGAUAUGGAUCGUAUUGUUGAGCUUCUCAAAGGACCAGAGCACUAUCAAGGUGGAGAUCGCGACGCUUACGAACUUGAUGUCAAGAUCGAGGCAGCAUUGAUCAAAUACCACUCGCCAUAUCCAGAAGUCCGCGCUGUCUGUGAUCCUUUUGAUGAGCCUACAGCUGAGAUAGAAACAAUUCGCAUGUACUUUCUUGGCAUUUGCUGGGUAGCUCUUGGCUCUUUCAUCAACCAGUUCUUCAGUCAGCGUCAGCCGGCGCUUUCCAUUACCUCUCAAGCCUGCCAGAUCCUCUUAUAUUUCUGUGGAGAGUUUCUAGCUCGCGUGCUACCAGACAAGGGGUUUACACUAUUUGGCCACUACUAUAGCCUUAAUCCUGGUCCAUGGACUCAUAAAGAACAAAUGCUAGCUACACUGAUGGUGAACGUGGCAAGUGCAGCUGCACCUGUAGGAUCCGCUCUCCUGGUCCUUCGCAUGCCAAUGUUUUUCAAUCUUCAGUACGUUAGGUUUGGGUUCAUGAUGCUACUCAAUCUGGCGACUCUCUUUUUGGGAUUUGGAAUCGCUGGUGUUGUUCGCCGCUUUGUUAUUUAUCCCGUGAAAGCAGUUUGGCCAACUGUGCUUCCAACUCUCGCUCUGAACCGGGCACUCCUGAUUCCUGAAAAGCGUGCCGUUAUCAAUGGCUGGACAAUCUCCAAAUACCGCUUUUUCAUGUGGGUCAUGUGUGCUUCUUUCCUUUGGUACUUUUUUCCAGCCUACAUCUUCAAAGCGUUGAGCUAUUUCAACUGGAUUACAUGGAUUGCACCUAACAACUUCAAUCUUGCUGUUAUCUGCGGUUCUUACCUUGGCCUAGGGUUCAAUCCUAUAACCACAUUUGACUGGUCGAUUAUCAACUAUACCAAGCCUCUUGUCGUACCUUUCUUCUCCAUAUUGAACAACUACAUUGGAGUCUUUGUCGGCGCUUUUAUUGUGCUUGCGAUGUAUUGGACAAACUACAGCUAUACUGCGUACUUGCCAAUCAACAGCAAUGCAGUUUGGGAUAAUACUGGAUCUAGCUACAAUGCUUCCAGAGUGGCAAUCAAUAACGAAUUUUACGAGACUGGUUACAAGGAAUACUCACCGCCUUUCACUUCUGCUGGAUAUAUUCUUACAAACGGCGCUGCUCUUGGAAUUCAUACUCUUGCUUUGGCAUACAUCUUGCUUACAGAGUACAAGAUGCUAUGGGGUGCUCUCAAGGAUUUUUAUCUACAGUUGAGACAUCGCGGUCGUUCAAAUUUUGCAUCUUACACCGAUCCUCAUACAAGAAUGAUGGCAAAAUACCCCGAGGUUCCUGAUUGGUGGUAUCUGCUUGUUCUUCUUUUAUCGUUUGCCUGCGCUGUUGGAGCCUGUGCCGGCUAUCCUACCAACACACCUGUAUGGGCUCUAGUUAUCGUGAUCAUCAUCUGCAGUGUGAUGCUGAUUCCUAGCGCCAUUAUUGCAUCGGUCACGGGAUACGAGCUGGGAUUUGCCAACCUGAUCUUCAUUAUUAUCGGCUACAUGCUUCCUGGAAAUGGAAUCGCAAAUAUGAUUUUACGUCAAUUUGGAUGGGAUAUGGAUCAGCAGACGGAAAGUUUUGUUUCCGACUUGAAAAUGGGCCACUAUGUCAAACUGCCUCCUAGAGCCAUGUUCCGGGUUCAGAUGCUGGCAGUACUAGUACAAGCUUUCAUGACGGUUGCUAUUCUGAACUUUAGCGUGGACUCAAUCAACGAUUUCUGCAGUAUCACACAGCCCGAUCAUUUUACUUGUGCGUACCCAAGAAGUUUAUACGCCGAGGGAAUCCUGUACGGUAUCGUUGGGCCUCGCAGAAUGUUCAAUCAUCUCUAUCCUGUGGUGAAGUAUACGUUUCUGAUCUGCUUCGUUGCCGUCUUCCCAUUCUGGCUUCUUAAAUUGAAGUUUCCCCGCGCGAUGUUAUAUGUUCAUCCGGUACUUCUUCUCAAUGGCUUAUCGAAAUGGGGUCAAGCGUAUAAUCUUUCCGAAUAUACUCCUGGACUUAUUGCCGGUUUCUUUUUCAACUACUGGAUAAAGAGACGCUACGUUAAUUGGUGGACCAAAUACAACUAUGUGCUUACUUCAGGGUUGUCGGCUGGUCUAGCAUUUGGUGGAAUGUUUAUCUUCCUGACUUUACAGUACACAGGCACUUCCUUAAGCUGGUGGGGCAACUCUGUGAGCAGUGCAGGAAUUGACGGCGCAUCAUCUGCUGCAAAGCUUCAGGUUCCGGAGGGCACGAAGUUUGGGCCUACUACAUGGGACUAAUAACUUAGCGCAAGAGAGGUGCGCUCAAUGGAAAUGGUCGAAUGAUACUGAUAUGUGGCGGAUCGGCUGAUGAUUAGUACACUGUUGGAGCACACUUGGCCCUCACUAGAAUUGCAUAACUGCGCAGCAGCUUUUGCUACUCUACAAUCCAUCUCCC